ACAGGCCCGCAGGGGGAGCCUCGCCGUAGGACGGCACCAUCGCCACCGGCAGCCCAGCGCCGCCACCUUCCUCCGGCCUUGGAGGCGAAGGCAGCGCCCGCCGUUGGUCGCUGCCGUCACGGGGCAGCGCCCCCUGGUGCGCCGGUCCAGCCGCUGAGGGCGGGCCUGGCCGGGCCGCAGGGAGCGGGGCCUGACCCGGUAGGGCUUGGCCCGGAAGCCCGCCCACCGCGGCCGCGUGAGCUUCCCUGGCAGGGGGUGCUGCGGGGCCCUUUGCUCUCCUCUGCACGCCUCCUGGAGCCGGGGUGCCUGCUCGGCGCGGAGCCGCUAGCUCCCGAGCCGCGCCGCUGGUAGCGGUCGGUGAAAGGCCAGCUCGCCUGACCCUCUUCGUUUCUUUCCCCGGAGCAGGCCCCCGGAGCGGAGCCGGAGAUGCUCAUGCACAUGGAUCAGAAGGAGGAACUGCGGUUGUCCCGUCCCCGCUCCUGCGAAGGGAAGAGUGCUCUGAGCGGCACCUCAGCCACCCUUAAAUACUGGACUGUGGUGAUCAGGCCUCCCCUGAGCCUUCUGUUCUCUGGGCAGAACAAGCCCAGCUCUCUCGGCCUUUCCUCAUACAGCAGGCAGCAGGCCCAGCCCCUGAUCAAGACCCAGAGAAGGGCAGACAAGCAGUGAUGUGUCCCUGUAUCCUUUCACAGGCCUGAGGCGUCUGUGGCUUCAGAAGCUCCUGAACUAGGCACAUAACGUCUCAAGAUCUCUCUUCUUGCCUUCUCAAGCUGCGCACAUUGUAGCAUCCAUGGCAGCUUGCAGCAAGGAGUUCCCCAGCUUAUUUAGCUGAAGACGGGAUUGUGAGCAUGAAUGAAGACAAUGACCAUCAAGGCAUCCCCAGGCCAGCGGAGCCCAAGGGUUUAUGCUCAGGACUCUCCGAGGAGCACAGUUCCCAGAGUCCUGCACAGGACCCUGUUCCCCCACGCAGGUCAGAAAGGAUUCAGAGAUCCAAGAGCUUCCAGGUGAGCUCAAACCUCAUCCAGCAUCGGAGAAUCCACACUGAAUGUGGGAAGAGUUUCCAGCACCGGUCACAUCUCAUACAUCACCAGAGGAUCCACACAGGGGAGCAGCUCUAUACGUGCUCUGAGUGUGGGAAGAGCUUCAGAGAGAGCUUGAAGCUGAUCCGGCACCAGGUGACCCACACUGGGGAGAAGCCCUACAGGUGUGCCGAGUGUGGGAAGACCUUUUCGAAGAACUCGCAGCUCAUCCUGCACCAGCGGGUGCACACUGGGGAGAAACCCUACGAGUGCAGGACCUGCGGGAGGAGCUUCAGCAUGAGCUCGAACCUGAUCCGGCACCAGUUAACCCACACCAGGGAGAAGCCCUACAAGUGUGCCCAGUGUGGGAAGAGCUUCUCCGACAGCUCGCAGCUCCUCCAGCACCAGCGGGUGCACAGUGAGGAGAAACCCUACGAGUGUAUGGAGUGUGGGAAAAGAUUCACCGUGAACUCAUCCCUGAUACGACACCAGCGGCUGCACACUGGGGAGAAACCCUAUGAGUGCAGGACCUGCGGGAAGAGUUUCACUGUGAGCUCAGCCCUGACAGAACACCAGUGGGUCCACAGCAAGGAAAAGCCCUACAAGUGUUCCGACUGUGGGAUGAGCUUCAGCGUGACCUCAGGCCUUACACGACACCAGCGGGUGCACACUGGGGAGAAACCCUAUGAGUGCAGGACCUGCGGGAGGAGCUUCAGUGCGAGCUCAUCCCUGACACGACACCAGCGGGUCCACACUGGGGAAAAGCCCUACAAGUGUGCCGAGUGCGGGAAGAGCUUCUCUGUGAAGUCGAAACUUGUCCAGCAUCAGUGGGUGCACACUGUGAAGAAAUCCUACGAGUGCAGGUGCUGCGGGAAGAGCUUCAGCUUGAGCUCAACCCUGGCAGAACACCAACAGGUCCACACCAGGGAGAAACCCUAUGAGUGUAUGGACUGUGGGAAGAGCUUCGACCGGAGCUACGCGUUCUUGAAUCACCGGCUGAUCCACACCGGGGAGAGGCCCUACAUCUGCACCUACUGCGGGGACAGCUUUCGGCAGAGUCCCCACCUCAUCCGGCACCAACGCAUCCACACUGGGGAGCGUCCCUACAUCUGUGCUGAGUGCGGGAAGGGCUUCAGAGUGAGCUCGGCGCUCUUCCGGCACCAGCAGACCCACAGGGGUGGGGGGCACUAGGUGGGGUGAGUGUGGGGAGCAGUGAGGUCUGAUACUCUGUGAGCAAAGCCCGGUGUCUCCCCCUCACAUUGACCACCUUGCAUGUGGAGGGUGAAAGCAGUUUCUUCCCAGGAGAGUGAGCCCUCAGAGAUGAAGAAGGGGAGAGCUGCUGGAGGGAGCGGAUUGGAGGUUUGGUUCAGGUGCCAGCAGGAAGGUGCCUGACUCCUUUCAGUGGUGGGCAGCCCCAGAAUGAGGAGCAGUAGCCAUGAACUGAAACACAAGAGGUUUGACCUCAACACGAGGAAGAACUUGUUCCGUUGCAGUGGCAGAGCACUGAACAGGCUGCGCAGGGGGAUGUGGAGGCUCCCCCUGUGGGCAAAUCCAAGCCCUGCCUGGACACAUUCAAGUGCCCCUGCCCUGGCAGGGCUGGAACUGGGUGACC